AUGGACACUGCCAUCGCAGCACCAAACAGCGACAUCACCGAAGAGCUGCUGACGGCCCAGGCCCUUGCGCUCUAUGCAGACAUCGAGCAGCUCCUCUGCAUCGGGGAGGAGAUCAAGACAACUGGCAGCAUCGAGUGCUUGUAUGGCUUCCACUUCGACAUGAAGGCCCUACACGUCGACCUCGAUGACCACUUUAAAGUGGGUCCGAACUGGGGCCACUACACGGGCUCCUGGGAGGACUUGAAGGCCUGCGCCGAGAGCCUCAAGGCCAUGGUGGACCGCUACAAGAUCUUCGCCACGAAGGAGGAGCUCUUCACCAACGACCUCACGAAGAUCAUCAACAACUUCGCCACCAUCAAGACGCGCCUCGAACCGCUGCCCACGCUGGCCAAGUUGAGCCACAUGCUGGCCCAGUUCAACCCCCACGCCAGCUGCACCGAACGGGAGCUGAAGGAUGCCUUCAGCGCCUUUGGUCCAGUCAUUGACGCUGUGGUGUUGAGAAACCAUGGGCAGUCCAUUGGAUCCGACAAGGCACGGGCGGCGAUUGCUCAAGGGGCAGAGGCCGGCAUCUUCAUCAAGGGGCAGAGGGUGCGCGUGGCGCCGAAGCUCAGCAAGCACAACCCGAAGAGAAGGCGUAACAGCAGCCCCGACCGCAGGCAUGGGGCAUGA